CCCUUCUCCCUCACACUAUCAAGUGGCCACUUCACAUAAUUUAUCUACCGCUGUAGGAGACUUCACGGUACACUGAUGGAGCCCUUUCGCAACAAAAACAUUACUGUGAAGAAUUAUUGCAAAGCUAUUGGACUUUAUGACAUACUUUCGGAUACAUCGAAAGUAGGCUACUUUUUCUUUGGACUUUUUUAACCAUUGUAGGGUAAGCGACAGGAGUGGACACAAAGUGCAGUGAGUGAAUAACUUUCUACCGGGUUUAAUAACAGAGGCUUCUAGGAAAAGAACAGCAACCAAGGGUUCUGAAGUCUGAACGCACCCUGGUCCUGACCUUUGACCUCUGACCUCUAGCCAUGUCUCAGAGUAACCCCUCCUUCCAGCUCAUCCAGACUCUGAGGAAGUCUCCCGCUGUGUUCCGCCGCCGGUUCCACCUCCGGCCCGACCGCAUCGCCACCCUCUCCCACGGGGACCCCCUCUACAAGGUGCACUACCUGGGCACCAAGAAAAUCUACUCCCUGGAUUUGGAGCAGGCCCAGGGGGCCAUAGACCUGAUGCUCCAGCAGCUGGCCCCGGAGGCCCCUGAGAAACUGGGCAAGGAGCACGCUCUGGUGGUGCGGCGUCGUUACAUAGAGGUGAAGGAGAUUGCCACGGGGAGACAGCUCACUAAGACCUAUCUGAGUGACAUAGCGUUCUGCGCGGCUGACACCAAGCACCCCAAUGUGUUCCUGUACAUCUGUAAGCAGCAAGGCCAGCAGCUGCAGUUACAGUGCAGGGUAUUCUGGUGCACCAGUGCUGAGAGAGCUAAGGACAUCACCGCCUGUCUGGCAAGGAGCUUUCAAACGGCUCUCAGUGAUUGGCAGGGUACCGAGACCACUCACAUGGAGGAAGGGGCGGGAUCAUCGGAGGUGGAUCGACUGUCAGUCAACACGAGUCUUCAUCCUAAUACCUCCUCCGCUCUAUCAGGAGAUCUAAGGACAGACAGGUCGCUGGAGGAGGAGGAGGGGUGUGGCUACUCUGUGUCGUCUCAGAGCGAUGAGGGGGAAUGAGAGGACAUGCUGCACCACCACCAUCAGCAAUGACGGCACACAGUCAACCAUUUGAUCUUUGACUUUGACUCUAUCUCUGCCAACUGAUAAUGUAUUGGGCAUAGCAGAGACUCACUAGCUCCUGCAGUGCCCACCAGUGUUGAAGAAUGGACCACUGCCAAACUAAGCUUGGAGCCCAGAACUACAUUUUAUGUGUGCGUUGGCCAGCUAAGGGUGUGAAUCAAAAGCCCCACAUGCCACAGAGCACCCCUUGUAUCACCACCAACAGGAUCAUUGUGUUUACCCCUGAGUAUUAUUUUGGCUUGGUGUGAACUGGACUCCCUCUACUCAGUAGUUUCCCUCUGGUAGUAAUUUAGCAUCCUCAUAUGACAAACAUGAAGACACCUAGACAGGGACAAGAGCAUACUAGGUAUUUAUUUACUUUCACCCCAUUGAGCUAACUAAACUUGUGUUUGUAACUAGGUUUCCAUCCAAUUGGUGACAGAUUUUCAUACAAAUAUUUUAAAAUCAGUAUAAAAACAGCACAUUUCUUCACCAGAGAUGUGUUUCCAUCAAAUAAUGUAGUGCACAUAAAAAUAAAUUUUUCUGUUAAAUUCCUGUGUACCGAAUAAAAAAUACAAGUUAAAUGGG